AUCCCGCACCAGGCCCUUGCCGCAGAGGCUCCGGGCAGGAGGCGGAGCCCCGCCCUGCCCCCACCGCAGGACGUUGCGCGGACGCGGUGCGUAUUUAUGCGGAGCCCAGCGAGGAGCGGCCCGGCUGAGCGCGGGGCGGAAGCGCCCAGCAGUGCUCCCUCACGCUCAGCUGCAGGCGACGAGGAUGAGCCAGAGAGACACCCUGGUGCACCUCUUUGCUGGCGGAUGUGGAGGUACAGUUGGUGCAAUUCUGACAUGUCCACUGGAAGUUGUGAAAACACGUUUGCAGUCCUCCUCUGUGACUCUGUACAUCUCUGAAGUACAUCUCAACACUGUGAAUGGUGCUACUGUCAAUCGAGUAACCAGAGUUUCUCCUGGACCUCUUCAUUGUUUGAAGAUGAUCUUGCAGAAGGAAGGCCCUCGUUCUCUCUUUAGAGGGCUGGGUCCUAAUUUAGUAGGUGUUGCUCCUUCCAGAGCAAUAUAUUUUGCUGCUUAUUCAAACUGUAAGGAAAAGUUGAAUGAUGUUUUCAAUCCAGAUUCAACCCAGGUACACAUGAUUUCAGCUGGUGUGGCAGGUUUUACUGCCAUCACAACGACUAAUCCCAUUUGGCUGGUAAAGACACGAUUACAGCUUGAUGCAAGGAAUCGUGGAGAAAAGCGAAUGAGUGCUUUUGAGUGUGUCCGAAAAGUUUAUCGAUCAGAUGGCAUUAAAGGCUUUUACAGAGGAAUGUCUGCUUCCUAUGCAGGCAUAUCUGAGACUGUUAUUCAUUUUGUUAUUUAUGAAAGUAUUAAGAGGAAACUACUGGAGUAUAAAACUGCUUCUGCCAUGGACAAUGAGGAUGAAUCAGCGAAGGAAGCAUCGGACUUUGUUGGAAUGAUGAUGGCAGCUGCCACUUCCAAAACAUGUGCAACAUCUAUAGCAUAUCCCCAUGAGGUUGUACGAACAAGACUAAGAGAAGAGGGAACAAAAUACAGAUCUUUCUUCCAGACCCUCUCUUUGCUUGUGCGAGAAGAAGGGUAUGGAGCCCUCUACCGUGGUUUAACUACACAUCUGAUCAGACAGAUUCCAAACACGGCUAUCAUGAUGUCAACCUAUGAAGUGGUAGUCUACUUGCUGGAUGGAUAGCAGUGUGACAAGGCUUCCUAAAAGAAGGUGGAAGAUAGACUGGGGUGGACCACUGAAUGUCAAUGCCGAUGUGGUGGGCAAAAGAAGAGUUCUAUCAGGAACGUGCAGCUAUGGACAAAAUAGAAGGCUGACUGUGGGCAACUAUGAAUCCUAUUGCUGCCUUAUUGUAUGGUCUUGGCUGUGUGACAGAUGGGGAACUGUCCUUUAGAGAAUGUCUUUGUACAUCUCUUAAUUCAAAAUUGUUGCUUUCCUUUCAUCUGUUAAUCUAGACAGGGCCAUUCAUUCAUCUUCAGAGACCUGGUGAGGGAGGGGGCAUAAAUGUGUUCUUGGACAGCCUUACUUCUCUUACUGAUUGCUCUCAACUGCAUCCUGUUUGUUCUGUUUUACUGCACAGUAACCUGUUGCAAGAAUGGGGAAGACAGUGCUUUCAUACCUUUCCAUACCUGAAACUUCAUUCAGUUGCUCUGAAAAUUUGUAGAGCCUGAGGUAGUAAUCAGCGUAUAAAGUGUUUUCCAUGUUGCUACCUCAAGACAAUAUGGUGCAGGGACCCAGAACAAAGUUAUUUCUUCACUACAAAAAGCAAUGCUUAGCUUGCUUGGGCUGUCUUUAUGUGGGGGUUGGAGUUCAAUUGUGCUUGGGUUUUUCAUAGAUUGGUUUUUGUUUGGUUGGGUUUUUUGGUUCAUUUGGUUUUGAAGCUUUAACAGUGUUGUAGGCUAGUGAGAGAGAAGUCAUCUGAUUGUUGAACUCUCGAGGUUUUCUGUCUGUUAGUAUUGGUAUAUGUCGAUUUCUAGUUCUGCUGCAUUAUCUCUUUUUUUCCUGGAACUUUUCAUUCACUAAGACUUACAAAAAAGCUCUCUUGUAUCAUCAAUUUCUUGCCAACCUGUCAGGUCACUCACACAACUAAGGAAGAACUUACUGAAUGCUACUUUGUAGCCAUUUUAGGGGUUCUUAAUGUGAUGAGAAACUCAUCUAGUCCAGCCUACUGUUUGAAAAUGGGAUUGACACAGGUAGUAACAAGCUGUAAUACCAUAAAGUUUCAGUCAAAUCCUGAAUUGAGUUACUGUUAUCUAUAUGGGAGUACAAGGGAGAACACUUCACCAUGGCUGCAACAAGCAGAAAACAGUUGAAAUUGUGGUAGGUCUUUUCAGUGCAAACAGCCUUGGUAUGGAAAAAAUUGCCAAUGAGAUCUGUCUUCUAUACAUUCCCCCUGAUAACUGCAGUAUCACUUCUUCCAGUUUGAGCCUGUGUACUGAAUUGCAGCAGUUCUUGUCCCCAAGAUUGUCUGAAUAUUCAGGUAUUGGCUUUGUCAGUUCUAUAGGCCAAUUGCAAAGCCAUGUGCUGUGCUCACAGUAGGGAUGAGUUGGCAUAUUCUGUCAUAAUUCACAGGAUUUUCCAAAACCGGAUGCUUGGAGUGUCGAAACCAGAAGCUUCAUGUCACCAGAACCUCUACAGGUUUCCAGGCAUCUUUUAUCUGCACUUUCAGUAAUUUCCAAUCUGUAUCUGUGAUCCUCAUGAGAAAUAUGCUCAUUAUUAUCUGGGGUCAGUAGCUUUCUACAUAGAAAUGCUGCUUACACUGGUGUGGAUGGAACUAUGCUAUCAGCUCUUUCAGUGUGGUGCUGCAGUCCUCUUCAACUGUGCAUUGUGUGCAAUGGCUGUAUUUUAUGAAUUACUCUUUAUGCACUUUGGCCUUUCUGGGCCUUAUGACUUCUCUUCCUCUUACUGGUUAUCUGUAGUCAAAGUGUUCAAAACAGAAUUUGGUUUUAAACAAAGCAUGUGGGUUUAUUUCUGUAGAAGCUGUGCAGGGGGAAAAAAGGCAUUUUAUGCUAUAGGUUCAUAGCAUCUGUUGCUGCAGUUUUGUAGGCUGUAUGUAGAAGCUUAAAAGCUCACAGCUUACAGAACAAUUAACUUGAGUUUCUCACUUGCUUUCUUUUUCUUUGACCCUUGUGAUGUUCUUUACAGAGUGUCACAGUAUUUUAAUAUUUCAUCUGGUUCUCUGUGCUAAUUGCUCAUCCUAAAAGCUGCCUUUAUAGUAUGUACAGCAAACUUGCAGUGGCUUAGCUGUAUUAACACUUUCCAGAGAGAAAGAAGUUAUCUUUUUGAAGAUGGAUAGCAUAGCCCAUGAUGUGACCAAAGGUGGACCUGAUAGUUAAAGUGAGGGGAGUGGGCUUUUUCUAGGGCUCUAGAAAAAGUCUGGAGGAUUUGUGACUCUGACCCCAAGUUUUGCUGUGAUGCCAUUUUUUGCAUAGCUAAGUGCAGAAAUAGCUGCUUACUGUGGCUUCCAUUCUGUAGGAAGUGGGUUAUUUUUCAGACUAUCCAGAUUAUUCAGUCAUAGCCAGAAUUUCAGUUAGCCAAGACAAUUUUCGACUUCAGAGUUCAAAGUUGGAUUCAACACUUUAAGAUUCUUCAGUCCCACUAGAUACCCUUUCUCAUAAUUACAUGUGCAUUGUCCAUUGAUUCACUGAGUACCAUAUGUGUACCUUGUCUGGUUAGAGCAGACCCCUGGAGUUAAAGAUGUUGACAAUGAUGAUUCAGUUUGGGAGACAACAGUUGAAAACAGACAAUCAAGUUAUUCCACAUUUUUAACAGGUGUGUAGUGUUUUACACUUCAGGGGUGGUGAUCUUUUUGGUUCACUUUACAUAAACCCAAAGUUUAUCAAGAUUUUUGAAGUACCAGUACAUGCACAGUUACCUCUGUAGUCUUUCCCAAAGAUGUUUGAAUUAUCUAUAUAGUUUUAUUUGGUAUUUAAUAUCUCAAAGGGAAGAAGAAAAUGGUACAUUCAGUAAUCUUAACUACAGAACUAAAAGGAAUGUCUUCAAACUUCCUUCUAACUUGGCCAGCUUCACAGUGAUUUAUAUUUUUCUCUUGAUUUAUCUUUAUGUGUCUUGAUAUAUUCAUCUUGAUUUUUUUUUUGCUGUAACGUAGUAUGCUUGUCGCUCUUUUGUGCUAGAGACAUAUGCAUGUCUGAAGAACUCCUGUUAAUCGGUUUCCUCGCUUUCUUUGCCUGGAUGGGACUUAAGUGUUACUGCGAGCUGCUGAUUUUGACUCAGCAACCAGUUUGGUUUGGGAAACACUGAGUGCAGUGCCUGGAAUCGGCCAAAAGAUGGCACUUGAGCAUGCGUUCAUCACGGCUCUGUCCUGGUCUGGCUAGAUCCGUGUGACAGCUUCGACGUCCCUGAGUGCCUUAGGCACACCAGGGCAAUACGGUAAGGUGGCCUGCCUUGGGAGAGCCGUGAAGAACUAGAUUUCAGUGAAUGCAGUCGCAUUUACCUGCCCUUUCGCUUGGUCCCUGUAGAGUUGUGUGGAGACAGGUGAGUUAUGGUGUGUGGCGGAGGGCUGAGCCUAGCCUAGUCUGAUCUGCUUUAUGCCCAAAUUCUGAUCUGCUAGCCUGUGUAUUAAGCAGGCUUAAACUAGGGAUCUAUGGAUUUUCUUCUAUUUGGCUGCAAGAUUGACCUGUCUGUUCAUAUAUUGACAUUGCAUCUGUCUAGUUCCCUGUUUACAUGAUGCACUCCAUUGUAUUUCUUUACUGUUUGAGGUGUUAGUGAGUUUCUGCUACUCUGUUUUUGUUCUUACAAUACUGUUUAUAACAUUCCUCAGAAGACAGCAUUUUACAAGAAUGCUUCCAGAUGAAGUGUUGAGAGCCUUUAUAAAUGUUGCCUCUUGAUUAAACUGUUUAAAUUUGGAGAAACAAGCAGAAUGCUGAAGUGUGCCUAGGUAAAUGUACUUCUCUGAAUGUUAUGUCAGUUAAGACUUAAGUUUUCAGUUCUUGUAUUUAAGUGAGUCUGCCCACCCUGCAUAUGUGAACGUAAUUAUGCUCUGAGUCACAGCAAAACACAGAUGACAGCCUGGGACUACUUCAGUGCUCAUGUGAGGUUUGCUGUUAUUCUUGUAUUCAUGGAGUUGGCUGUAAACUAUGUGCAUUUGCUCUGUAUUUAUAUAGUUAACUCUUUUUUGAUUGCUUUAAAUUUCAAAGCAAAUUAAAAUAAUGUGGUUCUGUUCAAAUGUUGCCUUCUGUGCCAAACUGUACACUACUUACACCUUUUAACUUUUCUCUUACUGAUAUAUAUACCAGUACUGGGGCAGUUGUGAUUAAAAAUGAUCAGUUCUUAGGACGUUCCAGUAAAUCAUUUGCCAUUUUGUAACAGCUGAAAAUUAUUUUACUUUUUAAUAUAUUCCUCUUGAAGGAGUUCAUGGAUGACAUAGACUCCUUGGAUGUAUUUUUACUGUUGGAUUUGGAUACUGUUAGCAGAGCUGAGUGGUGUUCUCUUAACUGGGAUUCACUAACUAGUGAUCAGAAAACUUAAGCACAUUUGAAGUGCUACCUAGUACAAAGCAUUGACAGAUGAAGGGCAGUAAUCCCUUAAAAUAUUCAGACUUGUACGUGUGGUUAUAACCAAGUUCUUGAAUAUGAAACAUUACUAGAUAUAAUUUCUCUUAAUAGGUGUUUGAUCUGAAGUCUGUCCUCAUAACUUCUUCAGAAAUUGUUCUCCAAAUACAUUCGUAAGCUUAGUUUAA